AUGUUGAUAUUGCCGAUUACGAGGAUAGUAGAAUACUCAGAAUUUCUACAUAUGAUACGAAAGACGGGUCCCGAAACAAGAAGAUUAAAAAAAGUUGAUCUAUAUAUAAAAGCUAUUAAUCAAGAUGAUGAAUAUGCUGAAGACUAUUCAAUCAUACAAGAAAUAAACGAAGUAGAUGAUACUUCAAUCACACAACAAAUAGACGAAUUGAAAGAGGAGAUAGCUAGAGAAAAAAGUGGACAAGGUAUAACGUUUUUAUCCGAUAAUAAUGAAGAAUUGCUUAAUAGAUUAGAAAUAAUAUUAGCAGCCAUGAAAGAAGGUCAUCGUUCAGACAGACAAUAUAAUGAAGUAAAUUGUAUAUUAAAUAGACUCCCCGAGAAAGAUUAUGAGUGCGAACUCGAUCGCAAUGAAGAAUAUGAAUUGGGAUUAAAAUAUUUCUCUGUUUACAAUUCCUUUAGAAAUAUCAACGAAAAUAACAACCAAAUGAAAAUAUCAACAGAUGACGGAGCUACAUUCAAAACCAUAAGUUUACUACCAGGAAGCUAUGAAUCCAUUGCCAUAAACGAAUAUCUAUCUGAAUAUGGAGGAAGUGCAAAUGGUAAAAACAAUAUUGAAUUCGAAGGUAAUUUGAAUCUGAACAAAAUAAAAUUGAUAUUGAGAAAUAAGAGUCAAUUUGAUUUCAACAUAGAAAAUUCUUUGAAUACGUUAUUAGGAAUUGAUAAGCAAAUAUACACACAAUCCACCACAUAA